AUGCCCCAAUAUUGUGUUGAUUGUAGGAAGAUUGGCCACGAUCUUAAAUCUUAUCGACACAACACAGAAGCAUCAUCAUCACAAAAGAUAGAUCCUCAACCUUCCAAGCAGCCAUCAAAAAAUCAAACGCAAGGGCAUCAAUCAAAAUUAAACAAAUCGGUGCCGAAAACGCGAGACUCUAAUUUAUUGCCGCCGCUGAAGAAAACCGAUGCUGUUGUAUCAACUGUUGUCGCGAGUCAUCUGUUAAAAGACAACAAAGCUGGCGCUUCACAAUUGGUUAUUGUUGAUGCCGCCGCUGAUGAUGAAGCCGCCGGUGAAGCAUCUGCUGAAGUUGAAGCAUCUGAUGAAGCCACCCUGAUGUCGAAGCAUCUGCUACGCAUCUCGCUGAUGCUGCCGCUAAAAGCGAGUUCAACCUCCGAUGAACAGCAACCGGCUAUCGUUGCUGCUGCAUCUCUCGCUUUACCGCCAGUUGCUCAGCCAACGACGGCAGGAGACAAACCUUUUUCACCGCCGGUCGCUGCAAUGCCGGAUAUGGACAGCCGACGAGAGGGUUCCUCGAUUGUGCGGACAAUUGAUGGCUUUCCGCAAUCUUCUCCGAUAUCGCAGCCUUCUCCGCCGCGAGAUCUCCAUGGGCAAUUCCCCAAAAAACUCAGGAAAUUGGUGAAGGAUGGGUUUAUUAUCAAGAAACCAACUAAGAUCCACUCUCGGGCUCGGGCUCAGGCUCGGGUUCAUAGAAUGACGGAGGCCAAGAGAAAAGGUCGCCACUCUAGAUAUGGCAAACGUAAGGGUACAAGGGAGGCUAGGCUGCCGACAAAGGUUCUUUGGAAGAGGAGAAUGCGUGCGCUAAGGUGCUUGCUUCGUAAAGACGGAGAGGCCAAGAAGAUUGACAAGCAUAUGUACCAUGAUAUGUACAUGAAAGUGAAAGGUAAUGUCUUUAAGAACAAGAGAGUUCUGAUGCAAAGCAUUCACAAGACUAAGGCUGAGAAAGCGAGAGAGAAAACUCUGUCCGACAAGUUUGAGGCAAAGCGAGCAAAGAACAAAGCUAGCAGGGAAAGGAAACUUGCUCGAAGGGAAGAACGUUUGGCUCAGGGACCCGAUGAGAAGGUUCCUACUGCUGCCUCUAAACCUCCAAGAACAGAUGGGUCAAAGAAGUGA